UUGUGUGAUUGUCUGCUGAGCCCUAAUCUGCUUCAUCUAUGUGUGACUUUCCUCCCCUCCUCGCGUUCAUAUAUGCAUUCUUUUCCUCGUGUUCUUUGCCAGUUUGUCUUGUGCCAUCUUGCCAGCAUCGCAGCCUGUUUCUGGGUGUGAUCUUCCAAGUGUCACAUGUGUGCAAGAGUCCUUCAGCUGUAAAACAGUGGUGGGACUGCAGGUUACACUUCUCUAGGAUCCACUGGAGUCAUCACAGCUGGGAAACAUUAAGACUGACCAUGACUUUGUUGCUGGGCAUAGCCCUGCUGGCCUGGACUCUUUCAGGCCCUACUGUGGCCUUUGUCCCCAUCGGAGGUGGGCUGUCCACUCAUAUCAGCAUUACACGGACAGCAUUAUUGCAAAAAGUGAAGGAGACAUGUCAGGCAGUGGCUGAAGCAAGUGGUUAUGAGUUCAAACCCACGGGUUCCUCUCCUGAGGAGCUGGUCCAGGCCUGUCUUGGUCCCACAGCAACAGGAGAUGUUUCUGGUGCCAAGUUUAUCUAUGCUCUUCAAGAGAUUUACAUACAGAAUGGACUGGUCGACCAUUACUUUGUCAACAGUGUCCCACAUCACUUCAACUCUGAGGCCUUCCUGGAGGGACGCAGUCUAAUCACACAGGGCAUGGCCGCCAUCAAGGCUAACAUUCGUAAGGAGAACUUUCAGGCUGCCAGAGAGACUCUUGGUAGAGUCCUUCAUACACUACAGGACUUCUACAGCCACAGUAACUGGGUGGAGCUGGACAACACAGAGCCAUACAUCAACCUUAUACGCCCAGACCUUCCCCUGGAAAACUUGGCAGAUAAGGAUACGGCCACCUGCAGUGACUGUGCCAGUGGAACAUGUCCUAAUCCGAUCCUCCCCAACAUCCUGAAAGAGAAGAAACUCACAUCAGGCUACAUGGGAAUUUUCUCUUCUGACAAACCGAAAGGUAAAUGCAGCCACGGAGGUGCGUCUGACCUCACUAGCACAGCAGUUCCUCGAGGAGGUAUCAGCAAAGAUGAACGUCGCUCAGACAAUGUGGCCCUCCACAAUGCUGCUGUGAAUGUAGCCACAGCUGCCAGCCUGGAGCUGCUGCAAGACAUCCGCUUGGCUGCAGGGGAUAAUGACUUUCUGAGAAUGAUGGGAAUUGCCCGCUCUUCUGUCCUGUCCUUUGUUAUUGACACCACCGGCAGUAUGAGUGAUGACAUUGAUGACGCCAGGGAGGCCGCUUAUGGCAUCAUUGACAGCAAAAAAGGAACACAGGAUGAGCCUUCCGAAUACAUCUUGGUGCCCUUCAAUGACCCCAGUUUUGGACCGUUGAUUAGGACAACAGACCCCAAUAAGAUGAAAAGUGAAAUCUCUAAGCUCACAGCAAAUGAUGGUGGUGAUACCCCUGAGAUGUGCCUGUCAGGACUUCAGCUGGCUCUCACUGGUGCCCCUGCCUCGUCCGACAUCUAUGUUUUCACUGAUGCAACAGCCAAAGAUAUCGAUCUCAAGGACACUAUUGAUGCUCUCAUCAGAAUCACCAAGUCAAGGGUGUCAUUCUUUAUGACCGGAGCCAGCAGCAGGCGCCGCCGUUCUCUUCGAGCUGCAUCCUUUGAUGACUACAAAGAUUUAGCUCUUGUCUCUGGAGGGCAGGCCAUCCAGGUAUCCAAGAAACAGCUGUCUCAGGCCACGGAUGUUAUCUUUGACACCUCGACCUCAGCUCUGGUGACAGUUCUUCAGCGAGCAAGGAAUCCUGGAAAGCAAGAGACAUUCCCCUUCACGUUGGAUCAAUCUUUGAAAAACAUUACCAUCUACAUCACAGGAACAUCCAUUAUUUUCACACUGACCAACCCUGCCGGUAUGACCCAGAAUCAGGACCAGGCCAGUGGUCAACUUGCGACCAUCCAGACAGUGGGCAAUCUGAGGAGAAUUCGACUUAACUCUGAGAAACACACUGGAGCAUGGAAGAUCCAAAUCAACUCCAACCAACCAUACACGCUCAAAGUCACAGGCCAGAGUACAAUUGCCUUCAUCUAUAACUUUGUGGAAAGCUUCAAGGGACCCCACCCAGGUUACGCAGUACUCAGUGGGCGUCCACAAGCAGGUCAGCCAGCCUCCCUGAUGCUCUCAGUAAUGGGUAGGAAAGGUCCAUCUUCAUUGAGUAUUGGAGAGGUCGGCCUUGUAAUGGUGUCCGGUCCUGAAGCUGUUACCAGUGGCACAAUGACUGACAUGGGCAACGGAGACAUCCUGGUGACUGUCAACACAGUACCUGAGGGGGAAUUUGUGGUGAUUCUGAAAGGAACUGACAAAGUGUCCAACAGCCACUUUCAGAGGCAGUCAACCACCCAGAUGUCUGUCUCUAAAGUGAAUAUUCAGACGGUGGUUGACAGCAGCUUGGAGCCAGGAAAAGCCUUCAAGCUCCCCUUUAGUGUGAUGACCCAGGGAUCAAGUGGUUCAUACUCCAUCAGCGCCAGAAAUGACAGAAACUUCCCCAUGUCUUACCCAAACAGCCUCACCUUGACAACUGGAGAGUACACUAAUGCCACGCUGACUAUUACGCCACCUGACAGCACACAGUCAGGCAUCGAUGCCACUCUGACUAUUGAAGCCAAGUCAACCGAAGGUGCUGACUCCAAUUAUGCCGUUCUGAGACUGUCUGUUGUCACCAAGAUUACAGAUUUUACUCCACCAUUGUGUAACUUAGUUACAGUGCUGCCUGAUGACUGCCCUGCUGAUCUGUCCCAGUGCAAACCUUUCCAUUGGCAGCUCUCAGCUAAUCUCACAGAUGGAAAUGGAACCGGGAUUGAGAGCAUUACCCUGCGUCAGGGUGAAGGAACCUUAUCAUACACCCCACUGAGCGCUCCUAUCAUCCAGGCAGACUACAACUCUUCCUGCUGCUCGCAGGUUGUUGAGUUCGUAGCUGUCGAUAAAGUUGGCAACGUGGGCAGGUGCUAUUAUGAAAUUGAUCAUUCAGCUGGUCCUCCUGCUCUGACGUUGUCGCUGCCGCUGUGGCUGUGCCUGCUGGUAUCUGUCUUCAUAGUGAGGCCUUAAAGAGCUUUUGGUUGGAUUGUUCUGUAUCUUAUGUCUGUGCUCUGCAACUACCAGGGCCAGAGUGAGACUCAUUUUCAGCCCUGGAGUUUCAUUAGACCGGCCCACUUUAGGUCACGAUCUAUUAUUAUUAAAAUCAUGUAAUUAUAACCUUACACGUUAAGUCUACAAUAGCACACUGUUCUGUAAAGCCUUGUAUUUUUCUAAAAUAUUUCCAAUUCAGUGCAAGUAAGGGCUGCUUCACAAUAUGGAUUUGUGUCAACGGUAAAUGGUCUGUAUUUAUAUAGCCCAAAGCGCUUUAUAUUAUACAUCACAUUCACCCAUUCACGGCAGAAGCUGCCAUGCUAUGCGCUGACCACGACCCAUGAGGAGCAGUUAGGGGUUCAGUGUCUUGCUCAGGAACACCUCAACAUGAGCCCUCUAGGCCAGGGAUCGAACCGGUAACCCUCUGGUUACAAGACGGCCACGCUACCCACUGAGCCAUGCCGCCUCAUCUCCAAUAUUACUCUUCACAACAAUAUCAGAAUCUAUAUUUUGUUCAAACAAGUGUUCACAGAUAUCUAAACCUUGAAAAUGAAAUACAAGAAUAAAUAAAAAAAUAUGUAUAAAAUAAAAA